UCGAUCGGUCCGAACUAACAACAAAUAAGUAAAAGUAUUUUUCCUUGCUCUAUCUGCCCAACGGACACAAAAUGAUCGGAACUGUUUGUUGACAUUAGUACGUCAUACGGCCGUGUUGUAGACCGCUCUACCGAGUCGCAUCUCGCGCUUUUAAAAUAAAUUAACUGCAUUUACACAUGAAAUUCACGAAACACCUGUACAGUGAAAGCGUUAAAGUGUAUCAUUGACAUUGUUGGAUUGAACGUAAUACGAACGGCGAAGUUAUUGUGAAUGAACAAAAAGAGCGGGGAAAAUCUGUGCAAAUGUCGCUUGUUCGGCUAUUUUUAGCUGCACACACAGCGCGAUAACCAUGUUUUAGACAUAUUUGUGUGUUAAAACAAGAACUUAAUAUAAUUUUCGAAUGUAAAGUAAAGCAAUUUUGAUAUUAUUUAGUUUUAAACGCUGAAUUGACUUAUUAGAAAAGCAAAGGCGCCUAAACACGUUUGACAGAUCGUAGACACACACAUAGAGAGAGCCGGCGAACGGCGCAUGUGUGCGUUAACACACCGAAGUGAUGUGAAAUUGUUGCGCUUAUCGAUUAGUAAGAUAAUUUCAAGGACAUUAUUGUACAAGUCUUGCUUAUUAUAUAUGAACAUGAAUAUCUUAAGUAAAAUAUGAUAUAUUGACAUUGAUAUUUCUAUAUUUUGAAUUUUAUAAUGGAGUCGUUUAAAGAUCAAGUAAAAAGUUUUGACAAUGAGACUAGUCGUCAGCUAGCAACAGGUUGCGAUGUAGGACUUUCUGAAAAUUUAAAGGGAUCUGAUGCUUUUCUCACAAGUAUUGACAAUGUCUCUAUAAUUGGAGAAAAUGUUGUUAUUGAAGGUAGAGAUUUAUCGCUAGAAACAACAAACAUCGGUCCAAAUGAAUUAGGCCACCCAGACAUGGAAAUACCUAAAAUUCUUGAUUCGCCAAUGCCAGAGUAUAAACUCAUACAAGGUCAAAACAUUGUCGCAAUACUAGGGGAAAAUAGUUUAAACGCACAAUCAACUUCAAACGUUGAAGAGAGAUCUUUUGACGUACAAAAACCGAAAACUUUAGAUGUACAGACGCCAGAAACUUUGCAAGCACAAAAACCAGAUACUCUAAACAUAAAGAUACCAGAAUCACCACAAAAUCAAGGACCAAAAUCACCACCGAUAUCAGAUACUCCAAAAGUAACUGAAGAUCAAGAAAAAUCUAAACGUCAUCAACUUCUAAAACUAACACUGACAAAGAAUAAAGACGAUGUUUUCGUAAGACCCUCGCCUAUAGCAGAGGUUAUGUCUCCCGCCAGAAUGCUACAAUUUGAAAUGGACGUAACGACUAGCUCAACGCCGACAAUGAAACGUGCAGCUAUAGAUUUUAAUUUUUUCAACAAAAAUAACUUUGAAGAAUAUUUUACUGAUGUACCUACCGCUAACGAAACGGCGAAAACCGAAGAAGAAUCGUUCAUAGAGACACCGGUUAUUGUGAAAACAGAUACUAUACGGCAUGAAAUUGGCUAUGUUAAUCUGAAUGGUGCAUCAAAAGUGGAUAUAUCACAUUUUGAUUUACUCAAAGUUCUCGGUACUGGAGCUUACGGGAAAGUGUUCCUAGUUAGAAAGAGAUGCGGCGUCGACGAGGGCAAACUCUACGCGAUGAAGGUUUUGAAGAAAGCCUCCAUUGUACAGAAACUAAAGACCGCGGAGCACACGAGGACCGAAAGACAGGUUUUAGAGGCGGUGAGAGCGUGUCCUUUCCUGGUCACCCUACACUAUGCCUUCCAAACAGACGCCAAGCUACAUUUAAUAUUAGAUUAUGUAGCCGGUGGCGAAUUGUUCACUCAUCUGUACCAGAGAGAACAUUUUCAUGAAGACGAGGUCCGGAUUUAUAUUGCGGAGAUUAUACUGGCCCUUGAACAGCUGCAUAAGCUUGGCAUCAUCUAUCGUGACAUCAAGUUGGAGAAUAUCUUACUGGAUGCGGAAGGUCAUAUCGUGCUGACGGACUUUGGCCUGUCCAAAGAAUUCUGUGGGGGAGAGAGUCGGGCGUACAGCUUCUGUGGUACCAUAGAGUAUAUGGCGCCGGAGGUGGUCAGGAGUGGCAGCCAGGGUCACGAUAUUGCGGUGGACUGGUGGUCAGUGGGCGUUCUCACAUACGAGUUGCUGACUGGCGCGUCUCCCUUCACCGUCGAGGGUGAGAGGAACACGCAGCAAGAGAUCACCAAGAGGAUAGUGCGGUGCAGUUACCCCGUCCCUAAUGAAGUUAGCCCUCAAGUACAGGAUUUUAUUAAAAAACUCCUGGUGAAGGACCCGAGGAGACGUCUAGGCGGCGGGGAGGGUGACGCCGAGGAACUCAAAAGACAUUCAUUCUUCCAGGGACUGGACUGGGAGGCGGUGUCCCGUCGCGAAGUAACCGCCCCCUUUGUACCGGGACUGUCGCACGCCGCGGACACCUGCAACUUCGCGGACGAGUUCACUCGCAUGCCGCCCACUGACUCGCCUGCGCAAGCGCCGCGGCAUCAUGAUAAGCUGUUCCUAGGUUACUCGUACGUGGCGCCGAGCAUUCUGUUCUCAGAGAAUAUCAUCUCUGACCAGAUAUGGAUGCAGGCUACGGGACAGAAACACGACAAACUGAAAGGCUGGGUGGCCAAGGAUUCCCCGUUCUUCCAGAAGUACGCGGUGGAGCUGAGCAGCCCGCUGCUGGGCGACGGCUCCUACUCCGUCUGCAGGAAGUGCAUACAUCGACACACCGGCAAAGAUUACGCUGUUAAGAUAAUAUCAUCACAAAAGAAGGACGUGAAGCAAGAAAUAGAACUGCUGAAGGCGUGUCAGGGAUGCCCCUACAUCAUCACGCUGCACGAAGUCUUCCAUGAUUCUGUAAGUUAUUAGAUACUAGAUUAUUAAGUGAUUCGAAACUAACUG